AUGGGCAAUAGAAAAAGCUCUCGUGCUACUCUUCCGCCACCACCACCUCCUCCGCCUCCUUUUCCUGAGUAUAAUAUGAUGAAUACAGAAACUACUUUGACUCCAACAACUAUUUAUCCACCACGUCGACGUCAACGAAGCCGAGUUCUUCCUAAAAUUCGUGCUAUUUUUAUACCCCAGGCUCCUCCUAUGGGAAUUUGGUAA